AGUUUAAAUUUCUCCGCAUUAAUUUUAUACCCCGAUGCCAUGGCUUGCAAUAAUGUUGCACACCUAUGAAUCAAACAUUCAUCAAUUCUUGUGAUUUCGGAACUCAAGGCUGCAUUAGAGAAGAAGUUUCUCGCGAUAUUUCCAUCGUUGGACGAUCCUCUACCUUCAUCUCUCGGUUUGUAGGCGUGUAAACACACACUUAUGGGAAGAACCUACAUCAAAGGAAACAUAAACAAAUUUUAGAUAUUUAUAUAUUAACAGUUUUGCAAAAAUAUACACAGCUACAAAAGACGAAGACAGACCAAGACAGCACAAUAGACAAAAGGACAACUUGAACGGCCUUAGUAUUUUUACGAUUAUACAGACAUCUUAGUUUUUCAUGAAAUACUUUCAUGAAAUACUUUACAAGGAUGUUAAUUAUUAACAUCUCGAUUUAAAGUUAACACCUUCAACUUCAAAAUGCAUUUUAAAUAAUCCAAUUCUGAUCACUCUAGCGAACGUUUGAUCUCUUUGAAGUUCGAUUUUAAUUUGACAAAAUCACUCUGCACGCAGCUGCGUUGCGAAAAUGAACACGUGUUCACGCUUUCAAUGCUGUUUUUAGAAAGUCCCGUUAGGUUUUCAGAAAAAUGCGGUAUGGUAUAAAGAAGAUUGGACAUUUAAAGACAAUUGGUUUACAUUUUGUUUCAAUCAUGUGUGGUUGAUUUUUUUGAUUUUUGGCCUCUGACGGAUCCACUGUGCAGAGCUACAAAACUAUAGCGACGCCUAAUGCCGGAAUUACAUGUGCAGAUAUUCUGCAUGCAGAUCUGCACUAUUUUUUCCAGCCAAAACACAUGUGCAGUAAAUUUUGACAAUCAGCUGAUUGCAAUAAAUAAUUGAAAUUCAAAUUGAAUUUUAAAAAUUUUAAAAUGGAAGUGGAAAGAAAAAAAAAGAUUGCAACAAUUGCUUUUACUUCUAGUUGCCAAAAAGAAAUUAAUUAAUAUUUUAAGCUUGUGCGCGAUAAGUGAUAAAAAAACACGGGUGUGGACGAUUCCUAUAUAUGCGGAAAAUGAGAGAGAGCUGCAUGGUUUUUUCAAUAAUUUAUUCAUCUAUACAAAAAACAAUGAUUCCUCUCAGUUCCAAAAGGCUACUCGGAUGCAAGUGGAUCAAUUUAAGCUUCUUCUAAGCUUAAUUAAAAGGCGUAUAGCAAAACAGUUUCAUAUACGUCGUCCAAUACCAGCAGAAUGUCGCCUGGCAAUAACAUUAGUAUAUUUGGCCCAUGGAGUUUGCCGCCAGAUGUUGGCUUGGGCUUUUCGAGUAGGAGUAUCAACAAUUGGCAAAAUUUUAUUGGAAACAUCCGCAGCCAUUUGGUAUGAACUUUCAGGAAUAUACUUGGCGCAACCAAAUGAACAUGAGUGGAGGGAAAUAGCCGAUUCAUUUUACAUCAAGACAGGAAUGCCUCAUGUUGUAGGAGCUGUUGACGGCAAACAUGUCCAAAUCAAGUGUCCGCGAAAAUCCGGAUCACUGUAUUUUAAUUAUAAGCAAUAUUUUAGUAUUGUGUUGUUAGCCGUUUGUGAUAGCAAAUAUACAUUCACCACAGUAGACAUUGGAGCUUACGGAAGCCAAAGUGAUGGCGGAGUGUUAAAAAUCAGUGGUUUUGGAAAUAGAAUAUUAAACGGAACAAUGAACCUACCAGAAGCAGAAAAUCUUCCACGUAGUGCGAUAAAAUUCCCAUUUUAUUAUGUGGGAGAUGCUGCUUUUCCGUUGACAAAACAUUUGAUGAGGCCAUAUCCGGGAAAGUGUUUGGAAGCAAACAAAGACCACUUCAAUAAAUGUUUAUCCAGAGCGCGGGUUACAAUUGAAAAUACAUUUGGCAUUUUAGUGGCUAGAUGGCGAGUUCUCACUAAUUCUUUGGAUAUAUUUCCCGAAAAUGCCAAUACCAUAGUUAGAGCUACAUUACUUUUACAUAAUUUUGUAAAGUUCCAUAACGCCGAAUUCUAUUGUCCCAACAACUUCGUUGACCACGUAAAGUGCCCUGGAGACGAUCAAAUAAUUGCGUCAAACAGUGCAUAUGUGUUAGUGAUGUUCAAUCGUGUGUUGCCCGCAAACGUUCAAAUUAACACGUCAAACAUCAGUUUAUUUUUGAUCUUGUAG